AUGGCUGGCCGAGGGGCUGCUGCGCCAUCUGGCAAAAAUCCCGCGACGGGUGGUGCUGGCCGCGGUGGGAACGCCUCGCCGCCGGGAGCUGGCCGCGGUGGGACUGCCCCGCUGUCGGGCGCUGGUGCCAGCCGGGCUGCCCCGGAGUUGACCGUCCCUAGGCCGCAAGUGGGUGGCGGGGCGGCGCAUGGCGCUGUUGGGCGCGGUGGUGGUAUCCCGGGCGCUCGGCCUCCGGUGCAGGUUGCGGUGCUGCAGCCGGUGGCGGGUCGAGGUGGAGUGAGCGUCGCCCCUCGUCCACCGGUGCCGAACUCGGCCACGAUUGCUGCUGCGGGCAGGGGUGGUGUGGCCCAUGGACCGAGGCCGCCGCCCCCAGCGACCGGCAUGCAGCCUCGACCGGCGCCGCCUCAGUACGGCGCCAGGCCGCCUCACUUUGUCGCCCGGCCGUCGCAGAUUCGGGCUGCGCCGGUGCUGACGCAGGCACCGCCGCCGCAAACUACGGCUGUUGGAGAUGCUACGGGUGCACCCCGGGGUCAAUGGGGCGAUGACGGUUAUAAUGCAUAUGGAUAUGGUCAACACCGGGGCUCCUCAUCCACGGGUGGUGGUCGGGGAUAUGCUUGGCAGAGCGAUGGUUCGAUAGAGAGGCCUUUUCUGGGUCCUACGGGUGGUUUUGUUGAAGGGGCGUCUGGCCCGGGUUAUCGACACCGGGGUGGUUUCCGCGGUCAUCGUGGUGGUCGAGGCGGUCGAGGUGGCCGGUAUCGUUCACGACAACCUCCUCCAACCGUUGUGGUCGAGCAGACGGCCGUUGGCGGGCCUGCCGAGGAGACGGUGUUGUCCAGUCAGGCUAUGGAGGUGGUGACGGCACUCGCUAAUGUUGAGGUACCUGGGAAUGAGACCAUGGGGUCUAUGUCUGUGGAGGCGUCAGACAGGGCUGAUUCGGAUAGGGCGUCCAAGUGGGCGCGCAAGAAGGAAAAAAAUGUUAUGCUAUCGCUGUGGCGAGAAGGGUCAUUUUAUUGCUGA